GAUAUGUUUGGUCAUCGAAUUCUAGACUUUUCUCAAUAUUUAUGAAUUAGGAGGCCCUUUUAUGAGAGAGAGUUUGAAAUCUUUUCUUAAUUUACUCUUUUGCUACUUUACCAUUGAAUGGCAGAGAAAGGAGGCCAUUGAAGCAGUCCGCUUAUAUGGAUAUGAAUCAGCAGCCUAUACGAGCGAAGAGUUCGCAAGGCUUCCAAACAUAAGGUUCCUCGAUUUAUCAUGGGGAGGAUUAGAUGGAGACUUUGAGAAUCUGCUUUCAGAGUUGAGAUACAUGUCCUGGCAUUUUUGUCGUCGAGAGCUGUUGGCCAUCAAUUUCCACCCGAGCAAUCUUGUAGUUCUCGACCUGUCUUGGGGUUCCAUCACGGAGGACUGGGCUGGAUGGAGUCAAAUCAAGGUUGCCAAGAAGCUUAAAGUUCUGAAUCUCUCACAUUGCAGCCGCAUGACGAGGACGCCAGACUUGUCUGAUUAUUUGAGUUUAGAGAGAUUGAUCCUUAACGAUUGCACAAGCCUGGUUGAGGUUGAUGGUUCCUUCCAAAAGCUUAAGUGCCUGAUUUACUUCAAUGUGGGCUGGUGUACAAGUCUUAGGAAGUUGCCUGAAGGAAUCGAAAGACUAGAGAAGCUCGAGUACUUGUAUUUCGGCCAUUGCAAAAAGUUGAGGAAGCUGCAUGAAUCAUUUGCGAGAGUGGCCUCAUUGGUAGAGUUGGAUCUCUCAUAUACGGCUAUCACAAUAUUACCGGACUUCAUCGGUAACCAAAAGAGCUUGUCAGUACUUAAUCUAGGACAUACAGGAAUCGAUUGUCUUCCUUGGUCUAUCGUCAACCUGCGGGAACUUCAGUCUCUCGUUCUAGCGUAUACUAAAAUAAGGGAACUCCCCUACUCGAUUGGUAACUUGGAAUCGCUGCUCAAGUUGGACGUAUCGGGAACACAAUGUCUACAGUUGCCCAAAUCCAUUGGAGACCUAAGUAGAUUAAAAGUCCUCGACAUUUCGUAUUCUUGGAUAAGGGAGCUACCCCGGAGCACUGUCGAACUAAAAGAGUUGGAAGAGCUGCAUGCCCAGAAAUGCUGGGAUUUAGAGUGGGAAAUUCCCGAGGGCAUUUGGAAAUUGUCACUUUUGAGGGUUCUUAACUUGGAAUUUACCCCUAUUAUAAAUGUUCCGGAGACGAUCAAACUACUUCCUCGCUUAGAGAAAUUGGGAUUAUGCGGUUGCUUCGAACUCGAAGUAAUGCCCGAGCUUCCCACAAGUUUGAUAAGCCUAAGUUUGGGAUCGAGUUCGCUGCGGUGGGUCCCGGAUCUCUCAAACCUAACGAAAUUGGUGGAUUUGAACUAUGGUGGUCAAGAUGAGAACUGUCGGCCUUUGUUCUUCCAAGAUGGUCAAUGCCGACAAUCCCUCGGGGUCCUUUUACCGUCCGUGUCAACAUUGUCAUUGAAAUAUCAUGGAUCCAUAACCAGUUUAUUUUUGCAUUGCAACUUGAGAAAUUUGACACGUUUGAGCAUUUAUCAAUGUUGGUGGAAGGAAGUUCAACUCGAUGGGCUUGAACAGUUGGUUGAAUUCAAAGUUGAGGGAUUAGAAUUCCUCGAGGGAAUUGCGGGUCUUUCGAGUUUGAAGCGGUUGAAGCUGUUGAGGCUGUUCAAUUGCCUAAAUCUAACCACGAUCCAAGGUCUUGGUUCAGUGGAGUCGUUGGAAGAAUUGAGCUUCAUAAAUUGUCCUAAGAUUACAAGUUUGGAUGACCUAUCGGAUUUGAAAAAGCUGGAGUUCUUGAACUUUGAAGAAUGCGAAGAGCUUCAGGCAGUUAAGGGGCUCGAUGAGCUAGAGAAUCUGAAAGAUUUGAUCUUGAUCAGUUGCAGAUCAUUGAGAGGUUUCCCUGACGUUCUCAAGUGGAAAGUACCAGACGAGUGCUCCCUGACUAUUGAGGAGUGCCCAAAUUUAGGAGAUGAAUCGUUUGGCGACAGAGUCAGCGCGUACAAGCAACGGAAAGUCCAGGAACAAAGAGGGACAAAACGAAAGAGGAGUGCAAGACGAGGCGGUCCCGGCCCUUCUCGCCAGCUCGCGUGAUUCCUGGAUCUCCACAAUUUCUCAGCUUGCCCAGAAUUCUUCCUGUGUUAUGGUCAAUUGACUUUGGUUUUGCAGCUGUUUAUACUCCUCGAUCGGGUUUUGUUUUGCCCAUUUUCCCCAGUAAUGCAGCUGUGUUGACUCAUGUUGAUAAUGAGGAUACUGGCAAAUGUGGUAUAGGCUCAUGUUGAU